CUGAGAUAAUUCAUUAUGAACACACAGGCUCCUCCCAAUCUCCACAUAAACAGAGAGCACAUGGAAAUCUCGAGAACAGCUCAGAACACUAACUAAGGAAUAUAAAAGUGCUGGGGCUGUGACUGGCUGCAGUACUGACAAGUAAGAAAGCAGAAGCGCAAAAACAAACCCAAUCUCUCCAGCUCUUCUCUGACAAGAAGAUCCAGGAAAUCAGCAGAAGAUGUUUCCUCUCAGCCUCCUACAGCCCUCACACUCCUCUCUGUGUCCCUGCAGCCAACCUGCACUCACACUCUGGCCAGCCACUCGCCUCAUCUUUGGCCAGCUGGAAGAUGACAUUCUGAGCAUGAGGAAUGACAUAGAGAGAAGAAUGCAACGUAUGAAUGAGGCUUGUCGGCUCCUCUCUCAGGACAUGGAGAUGAGAAGAAUAACAGAUCAGAGCCGACAGCCCAAAGCCCCAGAAACUGAGGGGACCUCUCCCAACUCAGGCAAAGAUGGGAAAGAUCACUUUGAGCUGACGCUGGAUGUGAGUGACUUUUCUCCUCAUGAACUAACAGUGAAAACACAGGGAAGGAGAGUGAUUGUGACAGGAAAACAUGAGAGGAAAAGUGACACUAAAGAUGGAAGCUACUUCCAUGAAUACAGAGAGUGGAAGAGAGAAGCUGAUCUGCCAGAAGGUGUGAAUCCUGAGCAAGUUGUGUGCUCUUUAACCAAGGACGGGCACCUGCAUAUUCAGGCUCCUCGGCUGGCACUGCCACCUGCCCCAGAGACACCCAUUCCUAUCAGCAUGGAACCGACACCCAGUGAUGCACAGGAAAUCCCACCCGAUGCCCAGAACAGCAAUGCAGGAGAGCAACAAAUGGACUGAAUUGUCUCUGAUAACAUGAAAGGACUUUUAUAUGUCUAAAUGUAUCAUUUAACUUUAACAUCAUUGUGAAUUAAAAUACAAUAUUUCAUAGUAGCAAAAUACAGUAAGUAAAAGGACUUUUCUUUGACAAAAUAGUUUAAUACAUUUAUUAUCGUUCUUAUUCAUAUAUUAGCUUCAAUAUACUUUUUUAUCUUGUGUUUGUAGAGACGUGGUUAUCUUUUGAUUAAUAAAUCAAAGUAUAUUGUA